GGCGGGAAGGUUAGUUUGUUGAAGAGGGCAGGAUUCUCCACGUUAACGGCUCUCCCCCUCACUACCCAGCCCACCGCUUUCUGCAGUCUUUAGCAAAACACUUCCUAAACCACCUCUGACUGGACGUAAAGAAGGUUCAUCCCGGGAACAACGUGGUGGUGAAAGAGAGAAGUCGCGAGGAAAGUCUGAAGGAAACAGGGAGCAGCGGUCUGCUUGUGGUGAAGGCUUUCUGGGCUCGGAGUGAUAUGGCUGGCACUCCCAACAAGCUCGCUGCUCUUGUCCCCUGCGUGUGGAUACUCGCGAUGCUCCUUGACCCCACCACUCAAAACGGUCUCCCUCUCCCUCUUGAUAGGGCCGUCGCUGGACACAGAGAGCCUCUUCCUGAUGACAGCAAAGACAACAUUACCAUUUUCACCCGGAUUCUGGACCGCUUGCUGGAUGGCUAUGACAACAGGCUGCGCCCCGGCCUCGGAGAGAGUGUGACUGAAGUCCGAACUAACAUCUACGUCACCAGUUUUGGACCAGUUUCAGACACAGACAUGGAAUACACGAUUGAUGUAUUCUUCCGGCAGAGCUGGCGGGAUGAGAGGCUGAAGUUUGAUGGGCCCAUGCAAGUUCUUCCACUCAACAACCUGCUGGCCAGCAAGAUCUGGACUCCAGAUACCUUCUUCCACAAUGGAAAGAAGUCCGUGGCACACAACAUGACCACUCCUAAUAAACUCCUGCGACUGGUGGAUAAUGGGACCCUGCUGUACACUAUGAGAUUAACCAUUCACGCUGAGUGCCCCAUGCAUCUGGAAGAUUUUCCCAUGGACGCCCAUGCCUGCCCACUCAAGUUCGGAAGCUAUGCCUACACGAAUAACGAGGUGGUCUACAUCUGGACAGCGGACGAUGAAAAGUCAGUGUCUGUGGCUCCAGACGGCUCUCGCCUCAACCAGUAUGACUUACUGGGUCACGUCAUAGGCAAGGAAACCAUCAAGUCCAGCACAGGAGAAUAUGUAGUAAUGACAACAUAUUUCCAUCUAAAAAGGAAAAUUGGCUAUUUUGUGAUCCAGACAUAUUUGCCCUGCAUCAUGACAGUAAUCCUCUCCCAGGUGUCGUUUUGGCUGAACCGUGAAUCUGUGCCAGCGCGCACCGUUUUUGGCGUCACCACUGUUCUGACUAUGACCACGCUAAGUAUCAGUGCCAGGAAUUCCCUACCCAAGGUGGCCUAUGCUACAGCCAUGGACUGGUUCAUGGCAGUGUGCUAUGCCUUUGUAUUCUCAGCACUCAUCGAGUUUGCUACAGUCAACUACUUCACCAAGCGCAGCUGGGCCUGGGAUGGCCAGAAGGAGGGACAGGAUAUGAGGACGCGUGAUUCAACCGCCUUCUCCAAAAAGACCAACAACACUUUCAACAUUGUGGGAACUACGUACCCCAUGAGCGUGGGAAAAGACCCCGGGCUGACGACCAUCGCCAAGAGUGCCACCACCCAAGCCCCUGCUCUACCCCAGCCGGUGCGAGAAGUGCGCCUUUCCAGGAUGGACGGCGAGUACAUUGUGGAAGGUGCAAAGAAGUCGUACAAUCGCGUCAGCAAAGUGGACAAGAUCUCGCGCAUCAUCUUCCCAGUGCUCUUCUUCAUCUUCAACCUGGCCUACUGGGCCACCUACGUCAACAGGAAGCCAUCCAUUACAAAGUCCAACGGCCAGAAAUGAACCUGAGACAGAUGAAACUGCCAGUCAAGUUUGGAGUAGCCAUACAAUGCUACCGCAUUCAGUUUGCUUUUAUUUAUUUAUUAUAUGUGUGAUCACUUGUUGGUUUACUUUGGUUUUAUACCCUCAUGUAGAUAUCUGUGGUCCACAGAAACUUCUAGAUUUGUUGUUUAUAGGAGGAUUGUUGUAUGCUAAAGUCUGAGUAAGCCAUGUCAUUAUUUUCGUCACUGAGAGUGAUGGUGGAAUAUGAACAGUUUGCUUGGCGCCACUCCAUUCAGGAUGAUCACAAAGCCGUUUAGUAGGCUGCACGCUCUUACCACAUGCUGUACAUCAUCAGACAGAAAACUCUGAGCCAUCAUCGGUUGUGAGUUGCCAUGGCGAAUGCCUGUAGCCUUCAGCAGCCAGCAGCAAUGUCCGUAGGUGCAUCAUUAAUAAUCGUCAGUGUCUGCUCUCGGAGACUCAGCUGACCUAGAGCAAUAUCACCUAGAAUUGCUUUCUCAUCCCUGUGGGUUCUGUCUCUGUGUUUUCCAGUCCGGUGACUCUUAUUGUUUUAACAGCCCAAGUAGGCUUAAAGGUAAAGAAACUGUGUGCCUUUCUCAAUCCCUUUCCUGUUGAGAUGAAUCGUUUGUCACAUAUUGACAUCGUCUUCAAGCUUACCCUUUCCCAGGAAAAAAAAGAAAGCGAGAAAAAAAAACAUGUUAAAUGAAAUCCAGUAGGCUUGUCGUAAACUCUGAGAAAAAGUGCUCCGGAAACUGCUGAGAGUGUUUCUGUGCAAGUUGAUUUAAUGCAGGCAACUCAGCAUAAGGCACUGUGCCAGCCUACUUUACAUGCCCAUUUUACUCACCACCUGUGGCGUAUGUUUAAAGUCAGAAAAACACAAAGCGCAUCAUGCAAAUGAUAGCAGUAUGCUGUGAUGCACUUGCGUAGUGAUUUUUUAUUGUUGGUUGGUUUUUUUUUUUCAGGUUUGGACCAGUACCAAAUAUACAGUAAACUAAUGCCAUUGCUUCACAGUGAAGUUCAGACUGUUUAUUUUAAUUUAAAUAUAACAUUAGACAUUUUAAGUUAUUUACACAUUUGUGAUUAAUGUUUGUGUUUUUAGCUACGUUCACAUUCCAAGCCUCAUUGCUCAAAUCAGAUUUUUUGCUCAAAUCCGCUCUCUCUGACAUGAUGGUUCACACUCAUUUAGGUAAGUGACUCAAAUCUGUCAUUACUGUAAACAACCCAGCACCCUGAAAUGACCCGCAUGCGCACAUCCUACUCAGUAACGUCACGUGAAUGAAUGACGUGCAUCACGUGCAUCAACAGCAAACAGACUAAGGGUCAGAACGAGCCUUAAUUAACUCUGAACAAGAGUUAAUUAACUCUGAACAUCUCUCAGCUUGUCAUUAUUAGUGCUAGACAAAGGAGAAAAGGUGAGUUGUGCUGCUUUUCCAACGUUUACAGGCUUUAACUUGUUUGGUGCUGCUACCAUGGUGACGCUGAAUGAUGGCGCAUACACACUGUAACAAAAAGCACAUGAAUUCCCAUCUGAGCGUUCACAUUAAGGUUGCAUGGCCACGAACUGGAUACGUAUCCUGUUGGAUCAGGUCAGAUUUGAAAUUGGAAUUUCCAAUUUGAAAGUGGAUUUCCUUGUCCACACAGCCCUGAAAACAUCAGAUCUGAGUCACAUUAGGGCAAAAAAUCAGAUUUGUGCCACCUCGACCUGGUAAUGUGAACAUAGCCUAUGUUUUGUUUUGCUGCUACUUUCAAUUCUACAUGAAUUUACCUUGUAUUGUAUACAUGUAUUUUGUGGCAUAUUAUUGAUUUUUUUUUUUUGCAAUGACAAAUCAUACCAUUGCUUAACUGUUUCACGAAACAUUAGGCACAUCCUAGAAGUAUUACGACAUAAGGCAGAUUACUGUGCAAUGUCAUCAUAAAGGGCCAAACUGUACCGCGACUAGAAAUUGGGUUUAACGUAACAUACGUGAUUAGGUUUUACAUAAUGUCUGUAGUUUCCCAGUAACUACUGUGACUAUUUCAGUUUUACAUUAAUGUUAAUUUCACUACAUGUUAAUGUUAAUACUUAAGGAAAUGUGCCAAAUCAUGAACUUUUUGUGUUCAAUCCUUAGAAAGUGCCAGGUUUACAUGUGAAUUUUAAAUGAUGAAUUUUUUUAGAUGAAUAAAAAAAAAAGUUGCGUAAUGUAUGAACUUAUGUGACAGCAAGCUAUAUUAAGCAAAAAAACAUUAACUUGACCAUUUCAUUGUUUCCAUGAACCACAUUAUGCCAGCUAUUGAUCGAUAGCUUCAAAUCUGUUCACUUGUCAUUAACACAUGAGAGAAUUUAAUUGGACGAUUGGAAGAUAUUAUUUUUAGGUUGUAUGGAAAGUAAGAAGAGGGUCGUCCAUAAACACCUCACAAACGCUGUGUUAAUAGUAGAGUAAUGCAUGACAAUCUCUUCAUUAUUGUCUGUCACCUUCAGUUACGCUAUAGUGUCAUUUUAGUAUGAGGCCUAAAGUCUUUGUAUGCCAUAGUGAUCCGCCCAAUAGCUUUAUUUGGAGGAUCUGUAGGUUCCCUACUGUCUCUCAUGGGCUUUGGUAGGGUUAGUUCAAAUGGUCUUGGUAUUGUCUGUUGACACAAAUAGUGUAAAUCAUGAAAUAAAAUAUCAUCUGAGGAGUAUAUUUAUAUAGGAAUAUAAACAUCUAUUUAUGCUAAUCACGUAAACAAGAUCAUACAUGAUAUACGUUUUAUACAGUAUAAGAUAUAGCCUCUAUAGCAUCAGUGCAACUGUACAAAAUCAACAAUGGGUAGAGCAAUGUAGUGCAAUGAAUAGACCAAUUAAAACUAUAUUCAAAUCUAAGGCCAAGUAAAAAAAUAUAAAUAAAUAAAAGUUGUGAUAUUUUGUAGAUAUUGUGAAUCCAGUUUAAAUAGGGUACUCAGAAACUGUAGUCUGUUGAAAUCUUGUAAACAGCUCUAUAACUUUACUCUCUAACAAAUGCACACAAAAAGUGCUGGGGAAUAUUUACAGUACUCUAUCUCUGUACUUUUAUGAAUGAAGCGAAUGGGUUGACAGAGUGCACGGGAGUGAUGCUGUGUUGAUAUUUACUGUAAUACAUGGAUAAUUCCGUUUCUGACCAAACCUUUGAAAGAUAUUAGCAUAAGUUUGUCACUGCUGAUCUCUUAAUACUGCCAGUGAUGUUAUUGUUGCUAGAUUAAUCCAAGGUAACUGAGCAUAUUACAGUACAUCGUCAACUUGGCAUUGCUUUGAAACUCCCUAGUUUUGUUGCUUUGUGUGGUGUUUUUCAGAGUAUUUUCAUGGUUCUCGCUCUAGCUUGUUAGCUGCUCUCUUCUGUGUUGGCUAAUAUGGCUAGCGAGAUUCUUGUUCUGCCAGUCGUACUGCCUUUGUGUGCACUUUUUUCCCUAAUUUUUACUGUGAAGAUGCAGACGUUCUGUCUGCAAGGCUUUUCUGUACAUACUGUAUGAAACAAGAAAAAAAAAAAAAAAACAAGUACUCUUUCAAUUUUACUGCAUGUCCCGAAGCAUCAAAAAAUCAGUACAGCUUAUGUUUGAAUGGGCGAACUCUGGUAGAUCUUAUAUUAGCCAGCUUGCCAGUUUUCCACACACAUUUUUUUCUUCACAAUAUAUAAUAGACCACUGCAGGGAAAGCCAAGGACAUUAUAUGUUCAGUGCUUUCAAGCUUUUAUAUAUAUAUAUAUAUAUAUAUAUAUAUAUAUAUAUAUAUAUAUAUAUAUAGGAAGAGAGAGAGAGAGAGAGAGAGAGAGAGAGAGGAUAGAGUACAAAGCUACUCCUACUAGAUGAGAAAUGUCUGCCAGAGAUGUUUGGUCUGUUUGAAAAAAACUGGCUUGUUGAAGUAUCAAUCUCGUGCCUCUUGGUGGAUAGUCGUGUCAUGUGAGCUGUGCUCUGGCGCAUGCAAGUAUUUUAUUUUAUUUUAUUUUAUUUUAUUUUAUUUUAUUUAUUUAUUUUUGUGGUGUUACACUGUGAUUAUAUACUACAAGGUGAAAAAGGACGAGGAGUUGUCCUAUGUGGAAGAGUGACUGCCCAGACCUUGACAGAGUCCUUUAUUAGUCACAUUCUGAAAAAUAAAGGUGCCAUGAUGGUGUUCUUUGGAGCAAUAUUAUUGAACAGAGUAACUGCUUUUGGUUCCUUAAUAGCUUGUCUUAACAGCAAGACAAGUGACAACAAACCCAAGUGAAAUCAAAAUGCUCACAUUAUAAUCAAGGAUAGCUGUCUGUACUAGUUGCAGCAGUGCGUGACAGUUUUUAAUGGUAGAGGUGUAUUCCAUGUCAAAAUGGAUGAGGGGAAACUCAUCCAUAAAGUGGACAAAUAGAGUAAACAAAGAACGAAUAAACUCAUUAUUUUCACAAGUGGCUUUGAAUGAAAAAAUAGAAUAAUCUUACAAAUAAUACAUUUUAUUUAGUUUACACAUUUGGAACAUAUGUAUCUAAAAUAUCCUAAUAAAAAGGGGGUUUGUACACUGACAAGAAAAUAACAUAGUAUACUAACCCAUUUUAGUUAAAGUCCAGUGCUACUUUCUGGUAGGGCUGUGGUUCGUUUACAUUGCCCUUGAUGUUUCCACUGUAGACAUCCACUGAAAGCUUCGCACUAAACGCUCGCACUAAUUCUGAAGCUAACACUGGAGAUAGUCAGUGCAACGUUAUAGGAUGAGGACUUGUUGACUUGUUGUCUUUUACACAAAGUAUUUCAGCAAUGUUUAUUAAUACAAUACAAAGAAUGGCCUGAUUACGAGUGCAGUAAUGUCUUUGUUGUGUUGUGCACUGUACAGUUCUGUUUAAUCUGUUUAAUAUUUAUCAAGAUAUAAGCAGCUUUAUAUAUAUAUAAAACAUUUUAAGUUUAAAAUCAUUGUGAGACAUCAUUUACAAUUUUUUUUGGCAAGUACAGCAAACUUAAUUUAGCUUAGUUAGAACCAGCAUAAGUAAUUUUAGUAAUUUUGACACUGAUUCCUUCUACAUAGUUUCUAAUCCAUCAUCUAGAUGAUCAGGACAGCAUGUCAGGCAUAUUCCUCAGAAGCAUCUUCCCACCAAUUCUUAGUCUAAUAAUUCAGACUAAUUUGCUGCCACCACCGUUCUCACGGCAUGUUUGUUUUGAGAAGAACCAUCAACAUUUUUCCUUCGCCUGACAGCAGGGGACCUUUAGACAUGAUUGUGAUUGACUGAGAGGUGUGUCAGCCAAGAAUUAAUUGAUUGGUUUAAUUGAGUUUUUUUUUAAAGAAACAUUGAAUUAAUUGGCUCCUUGGGGAACUAUAAGUGAAUCAUCUGUAAUACAACUCCAAAAACCCCUUUUCUCACCUUUAUUUUUAAGAAUACACCUUGCAUAAGGACAACUGUCAAACUACACAAAGGCCCAACAGAUGCAGCCCAUUCCUUUGUGUUUAAAUCAGAUUUUGUGGUCAAGGGUGAACAGUUUGUCUGAAAGGUAGUCACGAAGAUGUGUCUGUCGUAUAUUGCGGUGCCAUAAUAGUCCGAAAACAGAAAUGAAAGCGGUGCGCUGGAACAAAACGUGAAUUGAUAAAGCUGCCUGCCUCAAAAACAAACUGUUAUGUUUACGACUUGCUGCCUCAGCCAUACAUCAUGAUUAUUGCCAAAUUAUCUGCCGUGCCAAAUGACCUUUCGAGACAAGUGCAGGGGGAACUGAUUUGCCCAUGGAUAUUGCAUGGUUGUGUGGGUGUGCGUGUGUAUUUGUGUGUACCUCAUGCUUCAGUUUUGCUUGCGUUGAAAUGUCACAAGGGCGUUUGUGACGGGGUAGUUUGAAAAAUGCUAGCGACAGAGAUUCCAUUUGCAUAGCUCAUGAUUUGCCAGCCAGUUACGGCGUCGCCACGAUGAUUGAGACUUUACUCCCGGUAGUAAAGGAACUGACAUAACCGACUGCAUUAGCCAUUCAACCCCUCAGCCAAAAAGCUAGCUAAUUCUUCCUCAGCUCUGAUCUUCAGUCAAGCUCAAUACUACUGAGUAAAAGACAUUUUGGUGAAUUGGGGCCAAAUGUUCUCCCUUUUUUCCAGCAGUAACAAGGACAAAAGAAGGAAUAAUACGCCCAUGAGUCCACAUGAAUAUUUGAAACAUACCUGGAGCUUUUUUAGUUCAAAAAUUGCACGCUGGCUACAUAACUCUUGCCUGCACAGGCUUAUUUGUACUGAAAGGCCUUUGUGCUAUUAAUUAUAAAUCGAUGAGGUUUUUUUGCGGUUGUGAAGUAUGUUUUCUUCAGCUGUGCUCAGCACCUGUGCCCCCCGCACCCCCCACCCCACCACCCCCUUGUCAUUGCACAGCAAAGCACAGUCAACAACCACUCCUGGCACACAGGCCAUGUCUCCAGAGUUGGAGCGCUUGCAUAUUUAACCUGGGCCAGGCCACGGCUCAGCAGGAGUCACUGCGUGUUGUACUGUGGUUUCUGUGUAGCAAGGCAAUACAGAGCAAGGAAAGAUUUUUAAAAACUUUAUAAUGCCCCUGUUCAUGUAUAAUUACAAUGUUAUAGGCCUUUUAGUACAAACUUUAUACCACUAUUGCUUCUUCACCCAUAGAAGUCAAGUUAUCGUUGUUUUGCUACACUACUUAAAUGUAAUUGCAUUACUGAAUGCAAAAUAUUGAUUAAACUGUUGACAUUUUUUUUCUGUUCUCUUCAUUGGUUUUCAGAUAAAAGAUGUUCUUUAAAGCAAAACAGCACUGUAUGCACAACAAAAUUCAAAUCUUUAAAAGUAUCUUCUACUAACAAACACUAUAACUGAAAUAAUUCUACGUUUUGAUUCCAAACAUUACAGAACUUUUUGUCAUUGCUGAAGGAUAACUGUGAUUUCCAAGGGUUAAUGUGGGGUGCCUGAGGAAGGAACCCCGAAAAGAAUAAAAUGAACUGUAAUGUUUUUAGGUCCGAAUAAAUACCGAAAGUCUGACUGGAGCACAGCAACAGAUUGCAGAUGUUCCAUUGCAUUUAAGCCAGAAAACAGUACUUGUAUUGAGCUAUCGCCAGCAUUUCUGAAAAGAACUGGAGCAGCGUUCUCGUCAAAGGUAAAGAGUCCGAGUGGCCAUUUUAGAGAUGGCCCCUCCCUGCCACUGUGUCGCUGUAUCAGAAACAUGUAAAAGUCAGUUGUUAUGGCUUUACUGUCAGAAACGGUGUUGCUUUUUUGUAAAGAAACUUGACUUUGGGGUGUUUUUGCUAUUCUUUCUGUUGUGAUCUGUUCAUGGGACUAAUGACAGUAUUCUGAUGUUGUUUUAACCCUUUAUGUGUCUGGGUUAGCUGUUCUUUACGUUGAAUAAAGAUGCAGUACUUUCA